AUGGAAAUCUUAAGUGGAAAAGAUUAUAUUUUAAAAGUUUCAAAUGAUAUUGAUGAUUAUGAAGAUGAAGAACUAAUAUUAGCUAUUCUAAAUAUCACAUCAGAUGAAUACAUGAAUACAAUUGUAAAAUUAAAAGGUUAUGGAUAAAAAAAUUUAUGUGCCAAUAUUAUUGAAGAAUCAGAAAUGUUUUACUAAUGCUUCGAUUGCAGUAAAGAUAUUAAUCAAGCCAUUUGUAGAGAGUGCUUUAUUCCUAAAAAUCAUAAAAGUAAAUUAAAUAUUAUAAUUAUAGAUCAUGCUGUAUUUUUAGAGUAAAUUCAAUCUGAAAUGCCAGGAUAUUGUGAUUGUGGUGAUACAAUGAUUUUUGAAACUGGUUCAAUAUGUCCUUAACAUAAUCAUUUUUAACAAAAGUUUAAGAAUGUUUAAUUAGGUUGUAAUUAAAAUUAUUGAUAUUAGAUGAUAAAGUUAUUAAAAAAUAUGAAUAAUUUCUAAUGAUUGCCUUUGGAUUAUUAUAAAAGAAAUUUGAAUUAAUAGUUGAUUAUCCUAAUGAUUUAUUAAAGAAUAUAGAAAAUAUAAUUGAAAGUCUUAAUGAUGAUAUUUUGAAGAAUUAUUUAAAUUCUCAUAAAAUUCAUUUCUAAUUAAUUUAGGAUUCUAUAAAUUAAGCAAAAUAAAUUCAUAAAUUAAUAUUGAAAUGUUUAGAAAUUAUCACAACUGAUAAUAUAGUCUGGAGUUCUUUAACAGCUAAAAUCUUAAAGUAGGAGUUUAAAUGUAAAAUACAAGAUAACACAAUUGGAUCAAUUUCACUUUUGGAGUAUUAUAUUAAAUAUAGUGCACAUUUAUUUGGAUCACUCAAAUUUGAAUAAGAUAUUUCAAUCUUUUUUCCUUUAUUCUUUUAAGAGGAUGAAUUUAGAACACAUCUUGUUAAAAUUGUUAUAUAAAACUUUUAGAGAUUGUAUCUUCUGAUUCAUUCUUACAAAUUAACUACAAUUAAAAACGAAGAAUUCUAAUUUUAAAUAUAUUAAGAAAUUAAUGAUUAAAAAUUAGCUAUUUUAAUUUAGCAAAUACUUGCUUGUAACUAAAUCUAAUAAAUUGUGUCUGAAAAUAUAAUAAUUAAGAGUAAAAUUGCAGAAAAGUUUUAUUUUUUUAUUUAAAGAGGCUACAUUGAAAUUCUGAAGUUAUACUAAAAUAUCAAAACUCCAAUAUGCUAUAAUCUAUUUGAUAAUAUCUCAGAUAUGCUCUUAAAAAUGUAAUAAUGAUUAAUAAUUUAGUCAAUUAACUAAUUAUGCUUCUUUGGAAUUUACUGAAACUAUUUGUUGUUUUUUAGAAAUGAUGGGUAGAUGUAAAAAAGGUCUUAAGGGAUUAGUUAAUUAGAUUCACGAAAUCCUUUCAAUAGAUAUUCAUUCCUUUUAAUCACAAAUAUUAAAUCCAAAUUCUUAAGGGUUUUAGAAAUUAUUAAAUUAAUCAUUAUUGAUUUAUUCAUUAACUAGGAGAAAUCCAUGUUAGCAAAUGAACAAAUCAAAUUUAGAAUCUCAUCUAAAUGAAGAGGAUGAAUUAUCUACAAAUUAUUUAUUAAUUCUAUUAAUAACAAAUUUAUCCUCAUUUAGAUGUGAUUUAAAAUCUAUGAUGUUGGCUAUUGGGGAUUUAAAUUCAUAUGAAGUUUAAAAUAUAUAAAGAAUAAUCUUACAUUAUUACCUAAAUAGUUUAGUAACAGUAUUCAAUUUAAAAUAUUAAUCUUCACUGCAAUUAAUCUUAUCUAAUUUAGUCUUAAGUGAUAGAAAUUUUAUAACUGUUUUAUCUAUAUACUUAAUGAAUUUUUCAAAUUCUAAAUAAGCAUAUGAUGAUAUACUAGAGAUUAGUGGAUAAAAUAGUAAAUAAUUAAGACUAAUUAUGGGUCAUAUAUUAAAAAGGGCUAUUUUAAAUUAUUUGAUUGUUUUAGAUAACAUUUACUACUAAGGGAAAUAAAACUUAUUGAAGGAUUUAGAAGAUGAAGUAUCCCUUUAAAAGGUGGAUUUAGCCUAUAUCUAAAUUUAUGCUUUUCUAUUUUAAGAAUAGGGAAUCAAUGACAUUAUUUAGUUUUAUAUUGAAAUAGCAUCCCAUCUUAAAUAAAACAGAAAUUCAGGUUUGUUAAUUUGUACAAUUGCUUAAACAGAUAACGAUUUAAUAUAAUGUGUUGGAAACAUUAUUGGAAAUUAAUUAAAUAUUUAAUUAUAAAAAGGAUUGCAUAAAUUAUUUUAAACAAUAUUUUAUUCUUAAACAUUUUAUUAAUUGAAUGAAAUGAAGAGUAUACUUAAAUCAUUUAUUAAUGAAAGUUUUAAAGAUUUUGAAAGUUUGAUUUUGUAUUCUUGUGAAAGAAAUUAAGAUAAUGGUUAAUUGUAAUUAAAAAAAGAAAUUAAAUUACCUAUUUAUGAACCAAUUUAUGCUUCAUAAAAUUAAGAAAUUAAAGACAAAAUUAAUGAUAAAUUAUAAAUGUAGAAUGAUAAGUUUGCUGAAUUGUUUGGAUCCUCAUUAUAAUAUGAAUUAUAAUAUUAUAAUACAGAUAAAUCAACUCUUACUAAUAUUAGAUAUGAAAUACUUAAAGCAAUAUCAAAUGAUAAUUAAUAGUAUUUACUAAAUAGCAUUUUAAAUGAUUUGUAAAAUACUUUUUAAUCAAAUUUGGAAUAUAAUAUAAUAGUAAAUCAAUCAAUUAAGAUUUUACAAGAAAAUGCCAUAUAUAUUAAUUUGUUAAUUUUAUCUAAUUCAUUUUUUAAAUCCUCUAAUAUUAUCAUUUAAUAAAGAUUGGAUAAAAUUUUACAUUAUUGCUAAACAAUUUUAUCAAAUUAAAAAAUUAAUAAUACAUAAAAGUACUUUUUUCAAGUCUACUGCUCAAGAUUAGAAAAUUAGAACUUAAUUUAAAAAUUGGAUGAAGUCAAUCAUCAUUAAUAAUAAUAAUCUAAAUCUUAAAAGCAUCAAUAAUAUAAAUAAUAAUUACAAUUAAAAUUCAAUUAAAUGAAGAAUAAUUUUAAUAACAAAAUUAAUAAUAAUGAAUAACCUAUAGAAGAAAUUGAUGAAAAAUGUUUAUUAUGUAAAUUACCAUUCGAAAAAGAGGAUCAAUAAUACUUACCAAUUUUAAUUUAAUACACAAAUAUCUAUUAAUAUUUACAUAUUUUUUAAAUUUAACCUACUAAAGAAAUCAAUAUUUUAUCAGUACAUGUUUCAAAUUGUAAUCAUAUUUUUCAUGCUGAAUGCUUGAAACAAUAAAUAAAUACUUUUAAUGAUAAGAAUCUAAAAUUUUUUUAAUGCCCUUUUUGUCAUUCUCCUUAUAAUUUCAUGUUACCAUAUUCAAAUAAAAGUUAAUAUAUAGAAAUUUAACAAUUUUAAUUUUCAAUUGAAGCUUUCUUAGAAUCACUCUUCAACAACAAUUUAGAAAUUUUUGAGAAAAAUUUUGACAAUUAGGAAUUUGAUGGUUAUUAAUUUCUAGAUAUAAUUUUAUCUUAAAUAUUAUGUAAUUUAACAUUCUAAUUAUUGAGUGAUUUAGAGAAUUUUAUUUAAAAGAAUCAACAUCUAUUUAUAUAAAAAAUUAUAGAUUAGAUGAGAUCAUUAUAUAAAAAUUCAGUUUCUAAUCUAAUUGAAAACAUUAAAUUAAAUGAAACUGAAAUGUUAUUUCAAAUUUUAAAAUUAAUUUACACUCACCUGAUAAAAGAACAUAAUAUUUAUAAUUUUUAGUAAAAGCUUUCAAUAUUACUAAAUCCAAACUUUGAAUUGGCUAAAAUAUUAUUUGUAGUAUUUACAUAAAGAAAAAUUAAUAUAUAAAUUAAUAAUAGAUUAUUACCUUAUGACAUUUAAAUAAUUAAGGAUUAAUUCAAAAAAGAAUUAUUUAAUGUCUUAACAAAUAAUUAUGGUUCAUUCUUAGAUUAGAAUUACUUACUUCCUUGUUAAAAGAAAAAUUGUUAAUUUCCUAAAUUAAAAUUAGAAUCUAAAUUUCAAGGAUAAUAUAUUUGUCUUAUAUGUUUCAAAAAAAUGUGCCCUGGAUAUUGUGGUAAACUUAAGCAUGUAUAUAUAUAUAAACAUUUAUAUUUUAGCAUAAUCUCGGAAAUGUAUAUAGACACUCCCAGAAGAAACAUUUUAGGAAAUGUGUAUUCCUUGAUAUUGAAAAAAGCUAAGUUUUAUUAAUAUAUUCCCCUUUUUAUUAGAUUAUGCCCAAUACUCUAUUUACUGAUAAAAUAGGAGAUUCACCUAUCAAGGGUCCAUAUCCAAUGCAACAUUAUAAGAAAUUUUAAUUAAAUAUGAAAACAUUGGAUCAAAUAUUUGAGAUAAUUAUAGAAGAGAAGUACAUAAACAAAUUUCUUGAAAUUUGA